AUGUGGGCUUUACUAGAUAAAAAGUCAUAUACCACAAUGCUGGAUGAGGAACGUCCCGUUCAAGGCUUUAUAAAAGACCAACGAGUGAAAAUAAAUAACUACAUACAAAAUGUCCUAAAAGAUGGAAGCCAUCCGAGAGAAGACUACAAAGAGUUAUUACAACUAUCACUGUUGUACCUAGGAGGUUGGUUUCAAGACGAAUUCAGUUUCAGGAUUCCAAGAGCUAUGCAUCAAGCAAGCCUCAUAUAUGUUCGCUUUUGGCACGAAGCCAUUGUAAUUCGAUGGGCUCCAAAAAAUGAUUUGGAUAUGCUGCAGCUUCUAAAUAUUUACCCAGAUGGAGACGUCAAAAAAAGUACUCUUACUAUUGCUAAGAGACACCUGUGGUAUCUGUCAGAAACAAACGUAGGAUUAGCUUUUUUGGAUGAACUUCCAAAUAAAAAAGAAAUGAAACGAUUAGACGAUAAAAACUUAGUUUUUAAAGGAAAAGAUCCGAGUCAUUUCAUCACUAGUAAAACAAAAAUGUUUUUGAAUUGUUUGAGAUAA